CUUCUCUUCACUCUUCGGUGCAACCCCAAGGCCACUGAUUGCCGCUUACCGAGUCUGCUACUUGAACUAUCCUAUCGCCCGACGACAAUAUAAAUCCACCAUACAAGGCUGCGUGCUCCCAUCGCUCGAGCACCGUCUUGCCCUUCACACAGCGUCUCGUUACCUACGACCAAGUCAAUUACAAACGUUAACGGUAUCCCUGAGAGAAAACCCACGGAUCGUCACCGAACCCCUCCUCCGACCUUUCGGCGCCAACCCCGUACGCGACGCCAUUCCGAGUGACCCCUUUCCCUCGAACCACCGCAUCGUGGGACCACCUUGUGAACGACAUCAGCAUUUGCUAAAUAGUACCGAGUUAUCCGAAAAUGGGCAAAUCGCAGAGCAAGCUCGAGCGUGAUAAGCUGGAGGAGUUGGAAAAGGCCACCCACUUUGACAAGAAGGAGUUGCAGCAAUGGUAUAAGGGCUUCCUCAAAGAUUGCCCCUCCGGCAUGCUCACCAAGGCCGAGUUCCAGAAGAUCUACGCACAGUUCUUCCCCUUCGGCGACCCAUCGUCAUUCGCCGACUACGUAUUUAACGUAUUCGACACGGACAAGUCUGGCACCAUCGACUUCAAGGAGUUUAUCUGCGCCUUGAGCGUCACGAGCCGCGGCAAGAUGGAGGACAAGCUCGACUGGGCCUUCCAACUGUACGACAUUGACGGCGAUGGCAAGAUCACCUACGACGAGAUGCUCAAGAUCGUUGAGGCGAUCUACAAGAUGGUCGGCUCAAUGGUCAAGCUCCCCGAAGACGAAGAUACUCCCGAGAAGCGCGUCAGCAAGAUCUUCCGCAUGAUGGACAAGGACGAAAACGGCAGCCUCGACAUGAAGGAAUUCAAGGAGGGCAGCCAGCGCGACGAGACAAUCGUAUCCGCCCUCUCCUUGUACGAUGGCCUCGUCUAACCAAGUUUCUUUUCAUCAAUUAUCAUUCGAGUUAUUUCGUUUAGCCACAGGGGGGGACGGCGCGCAACGGUCUGGCGAAGCAAAUUUUACCAAGAGGAGGAGCAUGAUUUGAUGUGUGUUGCAACGCCAACAGGCAAAGCUUCAUCUCCCCGAAACAAGGCAGAGCUGGAGUUAUAAAGGGUGGAAAAGAAAGAGAAAUCAGUUGUUCAUUUGGAAGCAAGAUAUCCCAGGAAAAGCGUGAUGGACAAGGGGGGAUGGUUGCGAGAAAGAAGGGAAGAGAGAGGGUGCAGCCAUCUCGGCUCGGCCCAGCUCGAUAAGUGUGCGCGCAUACAUCGAUCGGACAAGAUAACAAGAAAGCACAGCCGGCCACAUGCUGUUGGGGCGUCUCAUCUAUGGUUCUGUGGUCGGAAAUGAGCCUCGCCGCUAGGUACCACCCAUUCGACCCAGUUCUUAGUCUAGAUGUCGACCGGGAUGUGGUGGUCUUUGGGGCUGUGCUGUUCUUGGCUUAGGUCUUGAAAGAGGAGAUUCCAGACCUGGUGAUCACACGGAUUGGACGGAAGGGAGAGGGGAAGGACAUGAGAGCACACAAAGGGAAGUCAGAGUGAGAGGGGAUAGAGACGGAAUAAGGAGGAAGAAGAGAAGGAAGUCGUGAUGAACGGCGUUACCUGGCUGGUAUGGAACGAACGAACACACUACUUCGGUUUGGUCAAUUACAACAAUGGACGACCUUGACUUAGAAGUUACCUCUUAUGCGUCGUGUGUGUGGAUACUUUUAGGCUUGGUAUUUUUUUCUUUGAGAGUUUAGCAAUGUUUUUCAACGUUUCAUCCG